CUCUGUCACGUGAAGGUUCUUCGAAAGGAGUUUCCACGACAGCUGAGCAGCAGGCUGCCUUUUCUCUCCACCUGUAACGUGGGUCGAUUUCACGCGAAAUUGCUUAAAAAUGGGAGACAAGAAGAGUCCCACAAGGCCAAAGCGGCAAUCCAAACCCUGCUCUGACGACGGCUACUGGGACUGCAGCGUGUGCACGUUCAGGAACAGCGCUGAGGCGUUCAAGUGCAUGAUGUGUGACGUCAGGAAGGGCACGUCAACCCGAAAACCACGGCCUGUUUCUCAGCUGGUUGCACAGCAAGUAAAUCAACAGUUUGCACCACCCACACAACCUAAAAAGGAAAAGAAAGAAAAAUCAGAAAAAGAUAAAAAUGACAAAGAACCAACACUUAAAAAGAAAAGCCAUAAAAAGACAAGGCCCAGGUUGAAAAACAUCGACAGGAGCAGUGCUCAGCAUCUAGAGGUCACAGUUGGAGACUUAACUGUAAUAAUCACAGACUUUAAAGAGAAAGUCAGACCUACGUCCACUUCAACAACAACGGUUUCAGUGGACCAACACAGUCAAAGUGGCUCGAGCUCUGACAACACCGAACGAGGAGUCUCCAGAUGCUCGUCGCCCCGUGGGGAAGCCUCGGCCGUCAAUGGAGACACUCGCUAACUUUUGCACUUGGAGCAGCCCGGUCUUCUGCACUCUUAACCAUAGAUCAACUUUACUAUGUCACCUUUUAAAUCGUACAAGUAGCAGUUUGAUAGACUUCACUUUCAUUUGGGCUGCGUUUUUUUUUUUCUCCCUCUACUGCUUUCCAGUUCUGACAAUUCAGGAGUUAGGACAUGUUUAUGGAUGUUCUAGUCAAAGAAUCUACAGCAGGAGGCAUCGUGAUGAACUGAAACCUGACAGUAGGAUUAACUGUAUCCCCAAAUGUCAGUGGAAAUGACCCACAGGUUGUGGUGGUUUUGUGUUAUAACAUUUAAGUGUUAAAUCUGGCAUCACACCCUGUGAGAGCUCCUGAUGUGGAGUACAAAAAGUAUUCUAACCAGUAGCUCCAGAGUAGUUUACCUUUGAAUGAUAUUUGCACUUAAUGACAUUUUGUGUUGUGAAAACUUUUUAUAAGCAUUAUCGGUAAAUAUGAACACUGUUGCUUACUGGCCUUAACCCAUUAGCUUUUAAAUCUGCAUCACAAAACGCAGAGCAGGUUUUUAGGAAUUGCUUGACUCCUUAAGGUGUAGUCACAUUGUGACUGAGUAAAAUAAUUAGUACGGAUUUAAAUAAUUUGCCUGGUGGCAAAAACGGCCUAAUCCGUCAGUCUCCAGUGCAUUUGGGGCUCUGAUGGAAUGACUGGAUAAUCAUCGAAUGUAGGUGUGCAGCACUUCCAGACACGAACAGAAGAUGAAAAGCUAAUGCAUGGAUAAAACUAACAUCUAUCGUAUAUCUGCUGGCAAACUAACAAACAAAUACAAGACAAAACCGGUAAACAAACAUGCACCCACUGGGAAGCUCUCUGUCUGAUGUCCACUCAAAAUUUUGAGCGCGCACAGAACUUACCAAUGGACUCUCAGGACAUCAGCUGACAUGGGUUGUUUUUAACGAAUGAGAAAAGGAUUUGUACAGGACAAAAACUCAUGAGCAGAUAUAAGUAUUUCAUUUCUGUUAAUCAUACAAAAUCAGUCCGUCACAAUGUGACAGUUGCUUUAUGUGUCUGUCUCUGUUACUGUGGGCGAUGUGUAGGCAAUAUCUUGAGAAACGCUUUGUGUGUUGAGGUGAAACCUGGUGCACAAGGUCAUCAUACAAAGAUUCUUGACAAAUUUGACUUUGUGCUUUUUGGCUCAAAUUGU